AUGGAGAAACCCAAUCUGGGUCCUGGAUUUGACCUCUAUUGGUUCCUGAUAGACUACAGCAGAUAUAGAGCCUUGAAGAGAACGGGUGGCUCUGGGACUCAGAGAAUACUGGUUGUCCAGCACCAUGAUAAGGAAAUAUUUCCUAAAAAUUAUACUACUGGAUUGGAAUUUGUUUUCCUGGGACUGGCAUCACAGCCUGAGCUGCAGGUAAUCCUCUUCGUGUUCUUCCUGGUGAUCUACCUUGUCACUCUGGUGAGGAACCUGGGGCUGAUCCUUCUAAUCAAGGCUGACUCCCUACUACACACUCCCAUGUACUUUUUCCUCAGCCACUUCUUCGUGGAUCUGUGCUAUUCUACCAAUUUCUCUCAGAUACUAGUGAAUUAAUCAGAGAAGAAGACAAUUUCUUCUGCUGGAUGCUUUAUGCAAUACCUUUUGUUCACUGGCCUUGUGAUUACCGAAUUUUAUAUCUUUGCUACAAUGGCUAUUGAUUGUUUUGUGGCUGUUAUUCUACAGUACGAAAGCAAGAUGUCCAAGAAUGCCUGCCUUUGCCUGGUUGCUGUUCCCUACACCUUUGGCCUCCUGAAUGGCCUUUCCCAGACAGUACUGACAUUCCACAUAUCCUUCUGUAGCUCCAAGACCGCCAAUCAUUUCUACUGUGCUGAUCCACCCCAUAUCAUGCUGUCCUGCUCUGCUACCUAUAUCAAAGAAAUGAUUAUCCAUUCUGCUGAGGAGCAACAAGAAGCCUUCUCUACCUGUGGCUUCCAUAUGACCCUGGGUUAUCAAGUUUCCUGGAAUCCUUUUCUGAAUCUCUCUUUGAGCUGCUCAACCUUUUUGGAAUUUCGGAAGAUCCUUGUUCCUGUGAACCUGUCUCUCUAUGACAGCCUGGCUUUCAAUUCCAUGGGCUGGCAUUCAGAAUACAGCAACAUCUGCUCCUCAUAUUCCCACGCCUGGCUCCACGCAUGCACAAUGGGAUUAAAGUCCGACGCUGCUAUCACUACAGAGAAUCACGAUAUAAUUUUUUCAAGGAGAGGAGCUGUGGGGGAUGAGCUUGACAAUUACACUUCUGUGACAGACUUUAUUCUCUUGGGUGUCACAAAUCGUCCAGAGCUUCAAGGCUUCCUCUUUGUGUUAUUUUUAAUCAUCUAUUUUGUACUAAUUCUACCAAAUUCUAGCCUUCACACACCCAUGUGUUUCUUCCUCACUAACUUAGCAUUUGUAGACCUGUGCUAUUCUACAAUCACAACCCCCAAGAUGCUGGCUAACUUCUUAUCAGAGAAGACAAUCUCCUUUGCCGGUCGUUUCAUUCAAUUCUAUAUUUUCAUUGCUCUGCCCCUUACAGCGUUUUCUAUGUUGGCAGUAAUGGUGUAUGACCGCUAUAUGGCUAUUUGCCACCCUCUACAUUACAGCAUCAAAAUGUCCAGGAGGGUUGGCACCUGCCUCAUCGCUUUCCCCUAUGUUUAUGGCUUCUCCGAUGGCCUGUUCCAAACAAUCACGACAUUCAUAUUGUCCUUUUGUGGAUGCAGCGUCAUCGACCACUUUCACUGUGCCGACCCACCUCUCGUAAAGCUGUCUUGCUCUGAUACCCACUUCAAAGAAUAUGCCACGCGCCUCUCUGCUGGAUUUAACCUCUCCACCUCCCUCAAGAUCACCAUCUUGUCUUAUAUCUUCAUUCUCAUGGCAAUCCUCAAGACCCAGUCUUCUGAGGAAAGGAGUAAAGAGUUUUCCAUCUGCGGAUCCCACAUGAAGGGUGUCACUUUAUUUUAUGGGUCACUCUUCUGCAUGCAUGUGAGACCUCUGAAGGAUCAGUCCAUAGAGCAGUCCAAGAUAAUAUCUGUUUUCCAUACAGAUACGUUGAAUCCUCUGAUCCAGAUUUGUCCUCAGAUUUGUCUGAGGAACAAAGAUGUAAAAGGGGCUUGGAGGAAAUUGAAAUCGUCAAGGACAUUUUACUUACAUGCAUUACUUUUACAACUGGAAAGAGGUCAUUGGUAUACGCUCUGUUUCUAUGGGAUAGUGCUGAAAGCAGAAGACUAA